GUUACGUUACAGGCCGAUCCUUUCUAUCGCACUCCUGUGUGGCACUUCGUUUAAACAAUUCUGGAUAUUUCCAUCAAAAAAUGUGUCAUUGUUCUUGUUGUCACCAUGUGGGUUGAACAUAAACUGUGUGCACCGUAUUUGAAUGGCUGUGUGUAAACUGUGUGCAGUAAACAACCUACAUGCUCAUAAAUGGCUGACAUGGGAAAAGAUGAUAAACCACAAAAUAUGGUAAAUUUUUUAUAUUUUAGAAGUUUGGGGUUGCUUUAAGUGAAAUUAUCAGCGUGCUCUGCACGUGGGUAAAAUUCGAUGUUCGAAUAAAGAACGAAAUUCCCUUAUCGGUUCUCCUUCAAUUGUUGUGACUGGUUCUCCUUGCCUUCUCUUCUGUUUGAUCACACUAACAUUUCCACAGGAAACACCAAAAUCCUUGCUAUAUAUUUAUGGAUGGAGCCCAUGUUUGGGUCAAAUGUUUUAUUUAUUUAAAAACAAUUGGGGUGCAAGGUUUUAAAUCUCUCUCUUUUUCUUUUCCUCUCUUUGCCUUUUACGUGCAGGCGUGUGGGCGUGCUAGAUUUAUCUUCUUUCUUUGUCUAUGGGGACCCCAGAAAUCUCUUGAGAGCCUUGUCCUGAUCGUAUUCUUGAUGAUGUUGGUGGUGCAUUUGGAAUGGGUGCAUUUGGAAUGGGUGCAGUUGGAGGUGCAGCAUUCCACUUCUUAAAAGGCAUAUGUAACUCUCCUUCUGGUUCACGUUUAAUUGGAGGCGCUCAGGCUGUACGAAUGAAUGCACCUCGUAUUGGUGGUAGUUUUGCUGUGUGGGGUGGCCUCUUCUCCACUUUUGACUGCACAAUGGUCUAUGUUAGACAGAAAGAGGAUCCGUGGAACCCGAUCAUAGCUGGUACUGCCACUGGAGGGCUUCUUUCAACGCGUCAGGGACUUGGUGCUGCUUCCAAAUCAGCAAUUUUUGGUGGGGUCUUGCUUGCUUUGAUUGAAGGAGCUGGGAUCAUGCUAAAUAAGGUUCUGAGUGCACCACAGAAUAUCCCCAUCAUGGAAGAGCCAGUUCCAAACAUGGCUGGUGUACCUGGAUAUCCAGUGGGGCAAUUGCCAGGUCAAGCCCCUUCAACAGUUGGGAGUCCAUCGUCAUCGUCAUCUUCUUCCUCUUCAUCUUCUUGGUUUGGAGGGUUUUUUGGUGGUAAAAAGGAGGAAUCAGUGAAGAAUAGUGGAAGUAAGACAGAGGUCAUGGAGAGCUUUGAUGCUCCUCCAGUGCCGUCUUUCGAGUACAAGUGAAAUGAACAGCUAACAUUAUUGGCCAUUCCAACCAUUCUAAUGUGUUUUUCAUGGGUGUAUUGUCAUCAUCCAUGUACGCCAUGCGAUUAUAAGCCUGGAACAGUGUUAUGAGAGUUCCCUGCUCAACAUAGUUGUUUGUUUCAUACCCUUUCUUGGUCAAAGAAAAUAGAAAACCAAUCAUACGAAGUUCUCUAA